UUCCCAUUUCUCUUCUAAAAAAUUAAUUCUUAAGUGUUCGUUUCUUGACUUUGUCGACUGAUCAAAAGAUCAAAGGAUACACUCCAAAGAAUCAUUUUUGGAGUAUGUUGUUACUAAACUGACACAACUUUAAAGUUGGUGAAAAAAAACUGAAUCGCAAGGAACAUAAAAAUUAGACUGUAAAUAUUACUCGGACAUAGGAAGAUGUUUCUAUCUUCACAAAAUGCACCAAACUGUCACGACUGAGAGAGAAAACGUGAACUUUUGAAAGUAACUAAAUAGUGAAAUAGUUGAAAGUGGUUGAAAUUUUUUAAACCAACAUAAGCAGCUGUGAUCCAGGAGGCCACGACAUCUAAAAAGACAUUCACACAUAUUAUUGUUAUACAAAGACUUUCAUAAGCAGUUUUUUUUUAAUUAUCUACCGGUAAUAAUGGCAGUGAUGUGGCAAAACUUAUUAAGUGGCAGGCGUCUGAUGAUGUUGCUUGGGCUGAUGAUUAUAUUCACCUCGUGUGAUGUUGCGGUCUCUGAACCUCUUCAACAUCACCGGUUUCAAGAAAACAGUGGAAAUUACAAUGGAAAUUACAACCGGAUAUCCGAGCCGUACGCCCGCGGGUUGCUGGAAAGAAGCGCGGCCAAAGGAAGCUCAGAGUUACAAGACAGUGCGGCGCUGCCACCCAAACCUGACGAUGACGUCACCAAACAUGUCAACGACACGUCUAAAGAUGGCGCUCCUGCCACCGGAACUCAAGUGCGGAACGGAAUCGUGCAGCGAGUGCCGCCCUCGCGGCCGGCGCCCAUGUACGACAAACCAACAACUCAUCCAACCUUCGACGUGACGACCAACACCAGGGUGCUGGCUGCCGUGGGCCACACGGCCUACCUGCACUGUCGUGUGCACCACCUCGGCGACAGGGUGGUGACGUGGAUAAGGAAGCGCGACGUGCACGUGCUAACCGUGGCGCUCUUCACCUACACGAAGGAUAGCCGCUUCACCGCUCUUCAUUCCGAGGCUUCAAACGACUGGACUUUGCGACUUGCUUCUCCUCAAGUCUCAGACUCGGGGACUUACGAGUGUCAAGUCUCUACCGACCCUAGCAUAUCCAGAAUAUUUCAGCUGCAAGUUGUCGAAUCACGCGCCCACAUCGAAGGCCCGAGCGAGAUCCACAUGAUGAGCGGGAGCAACAUCAACCUGACAUGCGAGGUCUCGGGCAGCCCGGACCCGCCACAAUACAUCUACUGGUACGCGGCUAAGACCCUCAUCAACUACAGCGACCGAGGAGGCAUCAGCGUCGUGACGGACAAGCGGGCCCGCACAUCACGACUCGUCGUGGCUCGGGCGACGCUCGCCGACUCCGGCAACUACACGUGCGCUCCCGCCAACGCUGAGUCGUCCAGCGUGUCCGUGUAUAUAUUAAACGGAGAGCACCCAGCGGCGAUGCAGGGAGGGGAGAGCACCGGCGCUCACUGUCUGUCCCGCAUCAGCGUCGCCGCCAUCGCUGUCGUGGUGCUCUUUAAGCGCAACUCUACAUUUAGAUAG